GGGCACCGCAGGCUGGCCUCGAGAUAAUCCUGCCAAUUCACCUCGCCAAAGCCGGGCCAGCUCAGCACGAGAUCCCUUUUCCUUCCCUUUCCCCGGUUUUCCUCCUCCCCCUCCUCGCGGCGGUCCCUCCCUCGGAUCCGCCCCCACCUCCCCAAAAAAUUCCCCGGCCCGAAAUCGAACAGGUGAGACCGUGAGAGGCGAUCUCCCCUCCGGGUUCCACCGGGACGCAUCUCGGUUAAGGAGGAAGAUUUUUGCUCCAGGUUUGUCUCGGUUGCCCGGGUGAUCGGGUCCGGGGGGAAGGAGGAGGCGGAGAUGGCGCACCGGGUGGACAACGAGUACGACUACCUCUUCAAGAUCGUCCUCAUCGGCGACUCCGGCGUCGGCAAGUCCAACAUUCUCUCCCGUUUCACCCGCAACGAGUUCUGCCUCGAGUCCAAGUCCACCAUCGGCGUCGAGUUCGCCACCCGAACCCUGCAGAUAGACGGAAAGACUGUGAAGGCACAGAUAUGGGACACGGCUGGUCAGGAGAGAUACCGUGCAAUUACUAGUGCGUACUACAGGGGUGCCGUUGGAGCGCUCUUAGUCUUUGACAUAACAAAGAGGCAGACCUUCGACAAUGUCCAGAGGUGGCUCCGUGAGCUCCGGGAUCAUGCAGAUGCGAACAUAGUUGUCAUGAUGGUCGGGAACAAGUCAGAUUUAAACCACUUAAGAUCGGUCCCUGAGGAAGACAGCCAAGCAUUUUCUGAGAAAGAAAGCCUCUCCUUCCUUGAGACAUCUGCACUGGAGGCGAUCAAUGUGGAGAAGGCAUUUCAUACUGUAUUGAGUGAAAUUCACCAGAUUGUAAGCAAAAAAGCACUUGCGGCACAGGAGUCCGCAUCUGCGAAUGGGCGUUCAAUGCAAGGAACUACUAUUAAUGUUGCUGAACCAUCUACCAACACAAAAGGUUCUUGCUGUUCCAGUUGAAGAACUGCUUCUAAUAGAAGUGGUCUUUGGAAACGGUUUUUUCCGCAGAAAUGAGCAUGACAUAUAGGUUGUAGUUUGGUUUCACAUAUUCUUCUUUCUCAGCCCGGAAGCCCAUGACUGGUAACCCCAAUCACAAGAACACUUUUACCAUGCUAUAUAAUCCAUGAGAGCAUUUUCAUUUCGGAUUCAUUAUUUUAACUAUCAUCGAAUCCACCUGUACACUCGAGAAAUCGAAAACCAUGUUGUAUUCUGUAACAAUGACUAUUUUAACAAUAAUAAUUAUUGUUUCUACCAUCA